AUGGCUGUGUUAUCUGUUUUAGGUGCAAUGUGUGCAUUAAAGGUAUUGUGCAACAUGUUAUCAGUGUUUUUUUUGGUAAGUACUUCAUUGUUUACACAUUGAUUAGUUCUGACUUAUAGGACAUACUUUGUCUACUGAAUACUUUGUAUUCAUGCAGAACUUGAUUCCAAGACAAAUUUCACUGGGGGAGACAUCAAACUGUUUCACUUGGAUCUGUACCAAAUGGUACCAUAUGAUAUUGAUAGUGUAGCAUUGCAAUGCAUCGUAUAGCAGCAUAUUGUUUUAAAUGUAUCAUUGUGCAUUUCACUGUAUUGGUGCAUGCCACAUUUGAUUACAUUUAAUCAUACUGUGUGGUGUUGCAUUGUUUUCAAGUGUUUUCGUGACUAAAACCUCAUGGGAUAAUGAAGUAUCUUAUCCUAUUAUACUGUAUCCACUUUAACAUAAUUUAACACAAUGUAACGUAUCAUUAUGUAAAGUAACGCAACAUAGCAUAACCUAGUAUUACGUAACAUAACAUAACAUCAAGAUUUGAUACAGUAUGAUAGGAUAAGAUACUUUAUGAUGCAAGUAACGUCACUUUACAUAACAAAUUGUUUUUUAGCAAUAGCUGGUCAUAUAUAUUAUACUAAAACUUAUGGCAUUAUAUUUAAUCUCAUCAGCUCAAACUGUAUUAAGUAUCAUGUUAUGUCAUACUGUACCAUAUCAUAUUGAAUCAAAACAUAUAUUAUAAUGUAUCAUAUCAUAUUUACUGUAUUGUAUCAUGCUGCAUCUUGUCAUAUAUCAUAUCAAAUUGUAUCAUGUCAUAUUUCAUCAUAGUAUAGUGUCUUGUAUAAUAUCAUAUUGUAUCAUAAUAUAUCAUAUCAUAUUGUACUGCAUCAUCUUGUGUUGUAGCCUAUUAAACUGUAAUAUAUCAUAUCAUAUAUCUUUGUAUUGUAUUAUAUCAGAUUGUAUCACACUGUCUCAUAUCAUAUUGGAUUCCAACAGAGUAUCAUAUCCUAUUGUAUCAUUUCUCAUUCUCAUUCAUCAUGUAACAUGUUGUAAUAUUGUGCUAAACUGUAUCAUAUAUCAUAUCAUAUCAUAUCAUAUCAUAUCAUAUCAUAUCGCCUUAUUCACACUCCCGGUGUAAUGCAGCAGCUAUUUUUGAAUUCUAUACGUUUCAUGUAGCACAAUUGCAUUUCGUUCUGUUUUUGCAAUUACGGUCAAAGUCGAAGGUAUAAUAUGUUUAAAAAAGAGGACAUGGAAAAGAUCAUUCCAGCGGUGGAAAACAGACUCUCAGCUCAUCAGUAAUCUGGCAUCUGAGGGGCUCAUCUCCUACAAACCAGCUUCUGUCAGCAGAACACAGGAUGCAAAGGCAGGAAGGACGUCCUUCCUCUGUCCCUAUCUGUCUCAAUUCUCAUCCUUAAACCGGCUACAUACAGUAAACCGUACAUCUCUUUAACAUCAGAGAGAAUCAGAAAAUUGAAGUUUUAGAGGAUGUCUUAAUGACUUCAUUGUAAAGAUACAGAUGUGACUUUUGAGCAUUCUCUCAUGUCAUGGUCGGUUAGGGCUACAAAACUGUGACUCUUAGUUUUCCUUCAAAACAUCUGAUUUGAGGCAAGCACUGGUUAGAGUUUGCUUGGGGUGAGGUGAGGAGUUCAGAUGUUCCUAUUCUUGUUUGUGGAAAACUUGGCACAAUCAACCAAUUCUUUUGGAAAGCUGUACUGUCUUUGUCUCAAAAACAUAAAGAUGAAGAAAAAAGAAACUGUGUAUUUGAGAACUAAAUUUAACGCCCAUUGUCUGAUUAUAUUCAUGAUAGAAACCAGUGGUUUGGAGGCACCUUGGUGCUUGGCAAUAUUUCAUUAUUCAAGAGAAAUAAAAAAUAUGGCCCAGAGAAAAUGAUGGUGAGGAAAAGAGAGAAAAAUGAGAGAAAGACGAGAUGCAUGAACGAUAAUCUGGGGUGGUCAGGUUUUUUUUUUUUAAUUAGAUUUUUAUCUUUAGAGAACAAACUUGCUCUUCAUCAGAGUCUAAAGGGCGGCUGUCAUCUUGCAUUGCAAUGAAUCUGCAGUGGCACAGAAUGGACAAACUCCUAAAUAUGUUUUUGUAUUGAGUGAGUGGCCAAGGAAAUGCACUAGUUGGAAGUUUCAUAUUGUAAAAACUUGAUAAAUGGUGGAUCAAACUUAUAAUGCAUCACAUUGGUUUCUUGUCCCUGAAGGCCACCGUUGGAGCAGGGGUGAAUAAGGGAGCAUUUCAAUCUAGUAUAUGACGCCCAGAUAUUGCUAAAUAAGUUAACUUCUACACACUGUAUCUCAAAAACAGUGAAAGACUGAGUGUAAGUAAGUGCAGGUAAACUGUAGGGUAGAUGAUUGUGCAGAUGAAAAGGGUCGUUAUAUGAAUGCCUUAGUGGUUAUGUUACUAGUGGUGGAAGUUGGGAAUCCCUGGCACAUAAUCUUAUCAAACAGAGGUUUUCUGUUCAAAAUUGUGUACAUGUUCAGUGGUUCCUGGGUUGGAAAAAAAAUUUGAACAAGAAAUUGAAUAUUUGACAGUUUUACUUGGGAAACCACGAGAGUUAUUUGAGGAAGGAAUGUUACUGUAUCAGUUAGCCCUCCAUAUUGCUCCCAGUGUCACUUUUCCAAAACCAGUUAUGGGGUCAUUAUCCCUCAAACAUAACAGUAACAAGCAUGGUUAUCCAUCGUUGUCUUAAGUUGUCUUAAAUAUUCAGAGAACAAUUAACUGCUUGACAAUGACACGCUAUUGUAGUAAAAAUAAUAAUACACAAAAUUACAGAAGCGAAACUUCUUGGUCCAUAGGAAGAACAGCACACUGACGUCACUACUCAUGUCAAAGUUACUGUUUAUUCUGGUUUUGCAACUCUGCAGUUCCAGAUAAUUUGUCUCUGUUUCUUUGGUUUUAUUGUUGAAGAAGCUAAAGUUCCUCGUCUUUGUAACUGAGGCUACCCCUGCUUAUGGAAACUACCCAGUUCUUCUCUUAAUUAUCCCAAACAAACAUCAAGUAAAGCUUCUGCAAGCACAAUAUAAAACACGUCCUGUGUGGCUUCAGGACUUUUCCUCCUGGGAAUAUCAUAACUGGCACUCUGUGCUUACAACAGCAAAUAUGAAAACUGUCAUUACACGGCUGAAUCGCCUCAUGGUAUCUAAGGCAAAACAGACAUUUAAACUGAGGAAGUUGAUGACCUGUUUUCAGCCAUCAGUUUACUGUAAUUGCAAUAGCAUCAGUGCAUUGCAAAGGAAAUGUAGCGCCUGCCUGGUCUUCAAAAAAUCCUGCUGUGUUAGCAGCAUUGGAGCUUUCCCUGAUUAUUUUCUUAACCCUACUUUCUCUAUAUGUAAUGAAAUCAAGCUGUCAUAUAACAUUUAAUUUGAAAGCCACCAAAUACAGUUGACACACAUUUUGCAGAUCAAGAUGGGGUUUACUUUCCUCAGUUUGAGAGGCAGCAGCAAAUACAGCUGAUUACACUUUCCUGUUUUAAAUAGUUUUCAGCAUCACUUAAGAGAAACAAAAGAAAACCUCAAAAUAAAAGAUGCUGUUCUCUUCAGCAGUAACAAUGAGACGGAAUCAACAGUGCCUAUUUUCAGAAAUUACACUGAGGCUUUGGAGCAAGGAUCACUUGGAAGGAUAUAACAAUAGUAGAUUAAAGCUGCAAAAACUUGUUUUGAGCAACUUUGGGAGUUGAAUCAAAUAAUCUUUGCAGAUUUGCAAUAAUAGCUUUCACAAAUCCAACAAUAACAUAGCAGCAUUUGCAUACACAUUGAGUCAUGUUUCUUGUGACCCAACUGAUAUUGAUACAUAUUCACUGCUUUUCAAGACUAGAAAUACUGAAUAAUUACUUUUAUUUUGGUCUUUGCCAUCUGUUAUUUAGCUAUUUAGGGCUCCUUAGCUGCUCUUAAUACCCAACUAGGCCAAACAGCAAUUAGCUGAAAGCAGAUAGCUGUACAGUACUGAUGAAGUUACAAGUCCUGCCACCAAAACAAUAAGCUGAAGAAUACUAGCUAGCUAAGAGCCUAUCUUACUACCUGUUGCCGUUUCAGGGUUACAAUAGAAGAGGAAUAGAUACAAUUUUACAGCGAGAUCCGUUUACCAAACAGAGGACUAAAAAAAAAUUUACCAAUUGAGCUAAAAAAGUUUUAACACAUUGGCCAACUAUCAUAACUAUCAUAGUUUCAAAAUUUCAAAGAAAGCUCAAAAAUAAGAACUACAAGCCAAAAGGAGCAAGAUUAGAUACAGACACUUGUAAAAAAACAAGUCAUUGAGGUCGGCCUCUAACAGUAGAUGAAAGCAAACUGUAGGACAUUACUUUACUGUGAGAUAUACACUACAGGCCAAAAGUUUGGAAGCAAGGUCAUUACAGGCCGAACAGUUGGGAGUUUUUGUUCACAAUGCUUUUUUUUUAAAUCCAGCAUGAGUUUUAUGUAUUUUGGGAUGUAUUUACUCCAUGAUCAGAUGUUGCCUUCAUGGAAAUGCACCAUUUUACUCCGUUUACCUUUAGAUAUACGUUGAUGUUAACAGACCAUUGCUAAAUACACUCACCGGCCACUUUAUUAGGUACACCUGUCCAACUGCUCGUUAACACUUAAUUUCUAAUCAGCCAAUCACAUGGCGGCAACUUAGUGCAUUUAGGCAUGUAGACAUGGUCAAGACAAUCUCCUGCAGUUCAAACCGAGCAUCAGUAUGGGGAAGAAAGGUGAUUUGAGUGACUUUGAACGUGGCAUGGUUGUUGGUGCCAGAAGGGCUGGUCUGAGUAUUUCAGAAACUGCUGAUCUACUGGGAUUUUCACGCACAACCAUCUCUAGGGUUUACAGAGAAUGGUCCGAAAAAGAAAAAAUAUCCAGUGAGCGGCAGUUCUGUGGGCGGAAAUGCCUUGUUGAUGCCAGAGGUCAGAGGAGAAUGGCCAGACUGGUUCGAGCUGAUAGAAAGGCAACAGUGACUCAAAUAACCACCCGUUACAACCAAGGUAGGCAGAAGAGCAUCUCUGAACGCACAGUACGUCGAACUUUGAGGCAGAUGGGCUACAGCAGCAGAAGACCACGCCGGGUGCCACUCCUUUCAGCUAAGAACAGGAAACUGAGGCUACAAUUUGCACAAGCUCAUCGAAAUUGGACAAUAGAAGAUUGGAAAAACGUUGCCUGGUCUGAUGAGUCUCGAUUUCUGCUGCGACAUUCGGAUGGUAGGGUCAGAAUUUGGCGUCAACAACAUGAAAGCAUGGAUCCAUCCUGCCUUGUAUCAACGGUUCAGGCUGGUGGUGGUGGUGUCAUGGUGUGGGGAAUAUUUUCUUGGCACUCUUUGGGCCCCUUGGUACCAAUUGAGCAUCGUUGCAACGCCACAGCCUACCUGAGUAUUGUUGCUGACCAUGUCCAUCCCUUUAUGACCACAAUGUACCCAACUUCUGAUGGCUACUUUCAGCAGGAUAAUGCGCCAUGUCAUAAAGCUGGAAUCAUCUCAGACUGGUUUCUUGAACAUGACAAUGAGUUCACUGUACUCAAAUGGCCUCCACAGUCACCAGAUCUCAAUCCAAUAGAGCAUCUUUGGGAUGUGGUGGAACGGGAGAUUCGCAUCAUGGAUGUGCAGCCGACAAAUCUGCGGCAACUGUGUGAUGCCAUCAUGUCAAUAUGGACCAAGCUCUCUGAGGAAUGCUUCUAGCACCUUGUUGAAUCUAUGCCACGAAGAAUUGAGGCAGUUCUGAAGGCAAAAGGGGGUCCAACCCGUUACUAGCAUAGUGUACCUAAUAAAGUGGCCGGUGAGUGUAUAUGUCAGCAAAAGAUAAUAAGGGCUUAGUUUUAGGGUUGAAAACAUUUGCAAGAGUCAAAACUUCAGUGCAAGAGCAAAAAAAACAAAUCACAGUUGGAUUAUUCACUUCAACUUUUUGGCUUUUGAGAGUCUGCAUACAAAAAUCCCAAUAAAUCUCAACUGAGUUCAAACUACCGCAGAAAUGGCUAGAAAGAAGCAACUGAGUAAAGAAACAAAAGUACAUCGUACAUUGGGGAAAGAAGGAUACACAGAAAGACAAAUUGCAAAAUGCCUAAAGGUGUUAAACAAAAGGAGUCCACUACACUCUGAAGAGACUAGAGGAACCUGGAAGCUAUGAUGAUAGAAAAAGACCUGAUGAAAGAGAGUUACUACAAAAGCAGAGGAUAAACAUAUUAUUGUCACCAGUAAGAGAGAUCAGCAAAAGACAGCACCACAAAUAAGGGAGGAAAUCAACAUGACAAGGUCGAAACCCAUAUUACUGACAACCGUGAAAUGACGUUUGAGAAAGGCUGGUCUGUAUCUGCAAAAAAAACCACUACUUCAUCCACAGAAUAAUAAAAAGAGAGAUGAGAGGGCAAAGGUUCACAAAAAUUGGACUUAUGAUGACUAGAAACAAGUUUGCACUGUUUGGUUCAAAACGCAGAGUCUAUGUCCGCAGACAAACUGGUGAACGUCUGAAAGCACCAUGUGUUACACCCACAAUUCAGCAUGGAGGUGGUAGUUCCAUGGUAUGGGGAUGUUUUGCAGGUGACGGAGUAGAAGAUUUGUUUGAAGUAAAUAGUAUCAUGAAGAAGGAACAGUACCACUCCAUCCUCCAGCACCAUGCUGUUCCAUCUGGACUCAGACUUGUGGGUCAUGAGUUUGUUUUGCAGCAAGACAAUGACCCUAAGGACUCUGCCAAGCUCUAUCAGGGUUACCUAGACAAAAAAGAAGAGAAAGGUGACGACAGAAACAAGCUAGCAAUUUAGCUAAAAGAUUUCAAAGAGGCUAAACACUUAGUACCUAAGUAGUCGACAAAUACUAAAAACUAAAACAAUGAGCCAAAAAUAAGCAAGUUAAACAGCUCGAGUAACAGUCGUUAAAGUAUAACAAUGACAGGGCUGCCAAGUUCCUAAAAAUGACUUGAGUAAGACUUUAGGGUUAUGAUGUGUUCGGCCACUGAAUAAAAAAAUGUAUUGAUUUAUACCUUAAGACUGAUGUCCUCGCCUCCAUACCAGCUGCUCUCUCUGUACUGUGGCCUCCUAAUUCUAGUCUCAAUUAACCAGAAAUUAGAAAGUAAGUUUUAAAUGUUGGCGCUGUUGUUAGUGAAAGAUAGUUAUACGCGCCAAGACCUGCCUUAUGUUGCUUCUGAUUGGUUUAUAUUGCGUGGUGCUUUCCGUGGUUGGUUAGAUUUAGGCACAAAGGACCAGUGGCGAUUGCUCUAAGACUGCAAGGGAAGCUCGGCUUCCCUUAAAAUGUCACCCCCCCAAAAAAAGAAAAAGUGGUGAAAUACGUACGGCUGUGUGUACAUUUCAUUAACUAAAUACGCACUAGAAAGCCUUCAUCUUUUGUUCAGACACUGUGAUAAGAAGCUGAUAAUCACAGGUAACCGGCAUAACUUCGUUCUCAUUCCUCCUCGCAGCGCCUCAGCGCUUCAAACAGUCGGACGCUGGGCUUCUGCUGACUUCAAUGUGGAAGCUUAAAGUGGGUUGUUCCAGCAGCGAAACUAGACGCUCAUUGGAUAAAUGCUGGGCUUUGUCCCGCCCAAUGGAAGCCCAGCUUCACUGGAGUUCUAUGGCGAGAGGGCGGUCCCGACUUUCUCCCAGACUCCAAGCUUCUGCAUUCAUGAUUGGAUGAGCUGUCUGAGGCGAAAUCCUUUUUUGAUUGACAGCUAAACAAGCGAAUCAGCGAUCUUGAAGAAUAAAACAUCUACCAGAGCAUUUUCCAAGUCAUUCAUUCCGUUGUUCUUAACUGCUCCAGAGACUUUACCGAUCCUCAGCGACUUUUGUCUUUGUUAAAAACGACUGCCGUUGUGUUUGGCGACUCUGUUCUGUUACAUACUAAUAAACAAAUACAAUUAUGAUGUAGGCCAGAAAAAUGAGCUUCCCCUCCUUGAAAGACCAGCAGCCGCCACUGCAAAGGACUGAUGGAUUAGUCAGGGCUUGGUUAUCUCGGUCAGCUAAUCAAAGUUACUAAAACUAUGGCAAGCCAAGUUUAUUAUCAUGAAAAAAACAAAUACAUAGUAUUGAAUGGGGAAAAGUAAGCAUGGGAAUGUCAAGUGUGGUGUGAGAAUGGGUCAAAUUGCGUGACUGUCACACUCAAAGCGUCACGCUUGGCAGCUCUGCUAUCAUAGUUCCAAAAUUACAAAGAAAGCCCAAAAAUAAGAUCUACAAGGAGCAAGAUAAGAUGCAGACACUUGUAAGAAACAAGUCCUUGAAGUAGGCCUCUAACAGUGGAUGAAUGCAAACUGACAGACAUUACUUUACAGUUAUCAAACAGGCAACAGAAACAAGUUAGCAAUUUAGCUAAAAGAUUUUAAAGAGGCUAGCUAAACACUUAGUAGCUAAGUAGCGGACGAAUAAUGAAAACUAAAACAAUGAGCCAAAAAUAAGCAAGCUAAACCACUCGAGUAACAAGUAUAACAAUUAUUUAAAUGAAGACCAAAAAACAAACACAAGAAACCUUGACCAAACAGUGGACUGAAAUAAGCUAGCAGUGUAUCUAAAAAGGUUUCAGCUUAAACAUUUGCAGAGCUGCCAAGCGUCACACUGUGAGCGUGACAGUCACGCAAUUUGACCACUUCUCACACCAUAUACCACACUUGACAUUUCUCACCCUUAUUUUUCCCCAUUCAAUACUAUGUAUUUAUUUUUUUCUUGAUAACAAACUUGGCUUGCUGUCAUUCGAGUAACUAUAAUUGACUGACAGAGAAAACCAAUCCCAGACCAAUCCAUUAGUCCUUUGUGCUUAUCGCUGCAUUCGAGUUACCUCGGAAGUCAGAUCUUGGAACUGGAGAUAACGUCAAACCCGAGUUACUAGUGUUUCUGUUACCAAGUCAGAAAAAAGCAAAAUCAGAGGCCUGAAUCAAGAUGGCUACGUCUACAAAAGUUACUUUUGCCUUAUAUUCGGACAAGGCAAGCUCUAAAAUAACUUUCGUAGAUGUAGCCAUCUAGUUUCUGCCUCCGAUUUAGCUUUUUUCCGACUUGGUUACUGAAAAGUUGAUUUUUUUGGGUUCUUCGCAUCUCUAACUAUCUUUCACACACAACAGCACCGACAUUUAAAACCCACUUGACGUAAUGCAAUGUUGACAAAUAAUUGUAGCCUAUGUUGUCAAAAUUCUUGUUAAAAUUUUCAUUUCUAAUUUCUAGUUAAUUAAGACUAGCAUUAGGGAAAGCAGCUGGAAUGGAGGUGAGGACAUCCAUCUUAUAAGCUAGUUUAGCUUACAAGCAACAUUAGCUUGAAGUUUACGAAGCCCCAAAUAAAUAAAAAAAACUUAACAACAGCAACUGUGAGUUCUCUUGAGGACAAGUCUAGUCAUUUCUUCAGGGUUUUUCAGAUUAGAUGAACUCUUUUACAUAAUUUUACAAAAACAUGAAUUAUAACCUCUUUAACUUUUGAUAGCAAACAUUUUCAAGAUUGGACAAUUGGUGGAAGUUAUCACUAAGAAGAGACAUAUGUGAGGUAAAGGUGGAAGAGUUAACAGGUCAGCAGUGUUUUAAAGUGUUUUGAGUCAAAAGAAUUGAUGGAAAAGCUGAAUUUCCUUUAACAUAACAAGGUUUUUUCAUGACCCACUUACCGUGGGUUUAUCUCCACGGCUCUCUCUGGUUUUAUUUUCUUUCACGUGGAGAGACCGCCCCUCAAACAGCAGAAAUCUGCAUUGAGUUUGGUCUGUCAGUCAGCGAAGGGUUAAACUGGGAGUUUGCAGCAGUCUCUCCUUUCUGUGUCCACGGCAUUUAGCGGAAAACAUCUGACUCCUGCUCGUUUUCUGGGGCUGUGUUUGGUUUUACUCAUUUUGUGCCCGAGCCGCGGAGGCAUCACGGGAACAAAAAUCAGUGUUUCGACAGCAGGAUUUCCACAUCUUACUGCGCGCUUUCAAACAGGUAGGUCAAAGUUUUGUUGUAUGUUUUUACAUCCUUGUACUUAAUAGGAGUCUAUCAAGCCCCACAGGUGGUCGUUUUAACGUUUGUUUGAGAAAAGUUGUCAGUGAAAAUCGCUUGUAAAAGCCAUACGAGUGGACAAUGUUUGAGAGAGUGGCUCCACAGUGCCAGACAAACUAAUUGUUUUUCCAUUUACUGUGCAAAUGCAAUUCACCUAGGGAGUAAAACUACAUUGAAUGUUGUUAUUUUGGCUCAUUUUGUUGUAAAUUUAUCCGUGUAUGCUGUUUUAAGCACUGUCAAUCAUCUUAUGUAGACUACUUCACAGUUUUGUCUCUCUGAGCACUCAUGUAGCUGCACCAUUUUUAUACAAAAGUCUCUUUAAUCUUGGGAAAAAUGUGUGAUUUGGGGGAAAUCACCUAUCAUAAUACCUACAUAUCUGAUUCCUGGUGUUAGUGCAAAUAAAAUUCAUUUUGUCUCAAAGUGUUUGCAUGUCCUUUGUGUUCACAGUGGGCCUGUGGUAUUUCACCAUCUCAUUCACUUGCAGACUGAGUCAUUCCCUGAUUUCCUCCAGAUGUGCACUAGUUUACGUUUCCUGGCGGCCCAGGAUUGUGACAUUUUCUCUCCUUGCACUGCACUUAUUCUGCUGACAAAUAUGAAUUCACACUUUUGUUCUGUUAUUCAUGGCAUGACAUGUACAGAUGCUUUUAACAGCUGUAUAUUUUCCCCUCUCAUCCUGUAUUUAAAGAGCGUACCUUUUAGUAAGUUGUUAAAAUGUAAUCCUUUAACUCAAAUCUGCCAUGAACAGCUGACAUUUCACCCUUUUUAUUAGCCUGUCUUCCAGCUAGUGGGACUCUGACACUGCCGUUAAGUUAUUGGACAGGCGCAGUCAUGUGUCAAGCUCACGUAAAUGGAGAAUCAACAAGUGUUUGGAGUUAUGUCUUGUUUUUGUCCGCUUCCUCGCGCAGCAACAAAAACGGCAUGUUCGUCUCUGUGUCCUGUGUGUGCAGGAAUUUAAAUGUCACCAGGGGUAAAGCAAACAUCCAAAAGCUUAGCCUGCUUGUCUCUUUGACUUCAAUAGAGGUACUGGCAGACAAAAUGAAGUUUUUAUUGGUUUAUGGCUGCACAGUAGCUUGUGUGACGCAACCCUCAUUUAAAAAGCAAUCACACUGAUUUCUCGUGAAAGAUGUGCUGCAAAAUUUGAUGUGUUUGCACCGUUUUAUCGCAGAAAACGUUACGAAUCAGUCAGGUUUUUUUUUUGACAUAGCCAGAUGUACUUCAGAGCUAGGUAACAGUUGGCACCAACCUCGCACAACCUCAGUGACCUGAAAGUUCCCAGCUGUUAUCUCAUCCUGUGUGGCUCUCAUUUCCUCCUCGAUUACCUCCUUGAUAGACUGGAUCAUUGGGGAUCAUAAAUUGACAGUGUUUAAGUGUAUUCCCUCUUAAAGUUGUGAUAAAAAUAGUCUGACUUUGCAUGAUCACACUGAUGUUUUUGGAUUGUUCUCAUCCAUGGAUGGUUUGAUCAUUUUCUGCAUCAUUGGCAGUAUUUUAAAAGCAGGUUCUGCAGACAGAUUGAAAGUUUUCCAUUAAUGCUGAUAAACGAUGACACCAAAAACUCCAGUUUCCGUCCAUAGUCGCUCAGCAGGGCAUCACGAGAUCUUCUGCUCUGCUAGCGUAAGAUUAACCUCAGGUAAUUGCUCAACCUUUGCCCACUUCCAACCUUUGGUCCAUUCUUCAGCAUUCACAGCCUCUUUGCACUGGUGUUGUAGGCAGUGUAGCCUCGGGAAGCGGACCUAAAGGUAUGUGUGUCUUACAUGUGUUUGACUGGUUUUGCAGAGCUGGAGUCCUUAUUGGGUUUUCUACUGAAUGCUUAUGAUUGUUGUAAUUUGAAUUUGAUUGAAUAAUAUUGAGUUGGUGCAAAACUGGCAUUAAAUAGGUGUGUUAAAAGAGCACAGUUGAGGGGAUGGAGGUGAAUCUGUGCUUCUUGGGCACCGACUACAAUCCUCAGCGAUGCUUUUGUGUCAUGUGACACUGAGUUGAGUGUCGAGCACAGGUAUUCGCAACAGAUUUGCUCUAUGUUGGCAGGUAUAUCACUGAUGAUUUUAUUGUUGUUCAUACUACUGUCAUUUGCUCCUGAGCCAGUUUACUCCCUGGGUUCGGAGGGGAACUUUUAUGGGGCGAACAUAUCACAUGAUGUGAUGCUCACAGUGCUGCGACUCAGGAUUCUGUAUCUAAUAAUGAGGAGAUGGUUUUUGAACUUUAAAGCCCCUGUGAAGAAUUUUUCAAUGUUGAUGAAAUUCACUUCAACUCACUUUUUAUGAUGUACAAAAGCAAACAAGACAGUCAGUGACCAGGUUGAGGAUUUCUAUGUUGUGAUUUUUAAGGCGUUAAACCAGUGUGAGAGGAUAGUUGUUAGCCAGACAGCUAAUGAAACAGCCCUGCUUUUACAUUUUACACAUGCAAUAUUUAUGAUAAAUGUCAAAUUUUGUUAGAAGACAUGAGUAAAGCAUUUAGAGGAAAAAAGAAAAAGAUGGGCACCAUAACAGACACAAACAGAGUUCUUCACAGGAGCUUUAAACUUAAUUUUAUUUUCUGUCAUGAAUGACUAACAUUAAAUCUUCAGGUUUAAGUAGCUGACAACAGAUUUUUUAAAAACUUUUCUGCUUGAGACUUUACGGAAGUAGAGUGCUUGACUGUGUGGUUAAAGCUCCUGUGAGGAGAUUUUGGUUCGUGCUGAUAUUGGCGCCACCAUGUGGACAAAGCUUACUGAUUUUGUCAUGCUGUUUUAAACAAAAAAAAUCUUUGUUUUCGGCUCAGUAAACACAUAACUUGUGAAAAAAUUUCUAUAACAGAAAACAUAAACAGUAUGUUUGUGUAUUUUUUCAUCUGACACCUACCCCCCUGGUGACAGUUUCAGGCAUUAAUAGUGACAAUACAGAAAUAACUAAUCUUUAUGUUGAUAGUCUGGUUUCUUUUGAGGAACAUAAAGAUGCACCAGGAUUAAUUUCAGUCAGCUUUAUAACAAGUUAAAAAACUCCCCACCGGAACUUUAAUUCAUAUCUGUGCAGUUCUAGUUUUCCCUCAGUAAUCCCUCCUAAAUGAGGGUUUGGAGAAGAGAGUUGUCUGUUGGUGCAGGACUGUCUUUGUCUCAGGAUAUUUGACUCCUUUACAAGCCAAACAUCUGACACAGCAUGUGUGAAGGAGGGUUAAAGUGUGUGUGUGUUCCUGUCCUUACGAGACUGAUGUUUUAUAGGUCAUGUGUCUUGAAAUGCUCUCUGAAGGCUGCUCAUGGUUGUAAAUGUUUAUAGCAGAUUGUGAAAAGAAUAGGAUUGUUUAUGAUGUGCAAAAAUCUGUGCGCUUAUCUUACAUAACUUCUAAGUGUUGUUUAAUAAUCACUCUUUACAGUCUUUAUAUCUUGUUAGCAGUUUGAACAGGAAAGAGUGUCUUUUAAUCAUCUUCUCCUUUUCCCCUCUCCCCACACGCACUCUUUCUACUUCACUUUUCCUGCUGCAGACGCAUAAGAAGAAAAGCAUGUGUGGGUGUUGAGAGUCAUCUGUUCGCUUAACCUCGCUGCCCCCUGAACACGGAGCUGCUGCCUGCUUUACCUCCCCGACCGUCCGCUUUUCAAGUGAGGCUCACUCCACAUCAUGUCUGCAGAGGUGGAGAUCGGUGCCCCGGUCCCUGCUGACCCCAGCGCGGCAUCCCCAACUGCAGCCACGACCCCCAACACCCCUCCAGCUUCUCCUGCAACCGCUGCAUCCAAAGUCCCGUUCAAGAAAGAGAAGAAGAAAGGUUAGUGUUUUCUAGUCACUGAACUAACUAUAAGACUCCAGAGUUUUCUAUUUGGAUGUUGCAUAACUCACACACUUUUCUCUAAAGUGCCAGAGAAGACAGAUGAGUACCUGCUGGGCAGGUUCCAAGGAGAUGGUGUGAGGUACAAAGCCAAGCUGAUCGGCAUUGAUGAUGUUCCAGAAGCUCGAGGAGACAAGAUGUGCCAGGACUCCAUGAUGAAACUGAAGGUACAGCAUGAGACUUAAGAAUAUGGAAGAUUUUUAACAUUAUUUUAAAUCAUCUGGGAUUAAUCAGAUUAAAUUUCCAUUACAGUUUUGGCCCCCCAUGAUUAUAAAAAUAUAAUAAUUAUCUUUUAGUGUCUUCAAAAAAUUGUGCAACAAUAGUACAAACUAUCGGGCAGCAACAGGCGGAGAGAGGAGAGCAGGAAGAGGAGGCAGGUUUGUGUGUCUGAAAAGCCAAGGGACAGAACAGAGGCUGCAUCUAUCAUGAACGAUGGCUAAAAAGUGAAAGACAUCGCCCCGUACAAUAAAAUACAAGCCCAAGUCUCGACUUUAUGAAGGGUGUUAUAUAAAAGCUUGAAAAGACUGAAUGAUUUGUUAGAUCUGCAGUCUGUGGUAAAAUGUGAGCUGUAAAAAGAGCUAAAAUCUUUGAAUUUUUUUAUGACACUGUUAAAAUACUUUACUGCAAGUGAAAUCUGGGAUUUAAUUUAGUGAGUGUUAUGACCAAAGUUAAGCCAAAGCUCUUAAAGUGAAGUGAAGAACUGAUGCCUGGCCCUUUUCGGGUGUUGCACAUAUGACUUAUUUAUUUAUAUAAUCCAUUCAGACGGACAGAAAUGCUUUGGUAAACAAAACAGGUAGCUGUCAAAUCACAGGUUAUCACUUGCAGUAAUUGUGAUAUCAGUAUAAAUCAGAAUAACUGUGAGCGUUAUCUUUAAAAUGCACAUGGAGUCAGUGGAGGAAAGCAAAGACAGGAGUGAUGUGAUGUUUAUUUAUUCAGUGGACAUCGCAGGAACACAAACACAGGCAGCGUUCCUGCUGCUCUAGGUCACCUGCAUGUGUCACAGUGUGUCAUUGUCGGUCAGUAUUUUGAAAGUACAACGCUCAUAUUUGCUGCAGUCAUGUCCUCACUGUACAGGACGACACUGAUAUUCGCUAUGAAACCCAAAGGUCAUGUUGUGUUUACCCCCAAGUGGCAGAAAAACAGAACAGUAUGUAUUAUCUGUGUUACUCCAGGGAAUGGCGGUAGCUGCUCGAUCUCAGGGCAAACACAAACAGAGGAUCUGGGUCAACAUUUCCAUGUCGGGCAUCAAGAUUAUUGAUGAGAGAUCAGGGGUGAGUACUUCUCUUUCCCUCCCUUUGCUGUCACACUCGGCAGUAAAGCUCACUUGAUUUGUUUUGCAGCUCUACCUCUGCUCAUAAUUUCUCCGUCCUCUAUUCUUCAGGUGAUUGAACACGAGCAUGUGGUGAACAAGAUCUCCUUCAUCGCCAGAGAUGUCACAGACAACAGGGCGUUUGGGUAUGUGUGUGGAGCAGAGGGACAGCAUCAGUUUUUCGCCAUCAAGACUGCACAACAGGUAACUUUAAAAAUAAAUUCUCAUAUAUUCACUUUUUGUUGCUGCAUGAAGAUCAUGAGAAGUCUCUCUAGAUCUCUUGCAGACAUCAGGGACUUGACUUUCGCUGUAUUUAUUUUGAUCAAACAAGACUGGAGCACUUAUUUCACCUAUGGUUCUAAAUACAAGUCCUGAUUAAAAAUGAAAUGGCCUUUAGCAGCAAAGUACAACACUUAAUUUUACACAAGUAAGGUCGACUUAGUCAUGCAUUGGGAUUUGGGUAUUGCUUUGUUAGAAUUACAUGGUGAAAUUGCUCAUGUCUGUUGCUGUAGAUGGCCCAGCUCACAAAGUAAACGGGUCAAACCAGCUGGGAUCCGUCACAGGUGAUCCACUUACUCUUGACAAGUACCUUAAGUAACCCCAAUUUCCCUGUAAACCUGCAGUAUUCAAGAUGGCCAACAGCGGGCGACUACUGUUUCAACUUUUACAUGAAGUCUACCAGAAAAAUAAACCUACUUCUCAAUUGGUUCAUUACUUCAGUAAAUGUCUUUCUCAUGAUCAGAGUUAAAUAUCAAGCAGAUAUGUGUUUAUUUUGGCAAAACAUUUUUUUAAAGCUCCUGCAAGGAACUCUCAGUUGGUGUCAAUUUUGGCGCCCCCUUUUGUGCAAAAUAGCCUCUUACUCUUUUUACCGAUUUUGUCUUUUACGAAUUAAAGCUGCAGCAAAAGCAUGUAGUAGAUCCCUUCCCUCGACACCUACCCCCAGCAGCUGUUCUUGAUAUUUAAAAAGCAAAAUAAAGUAAAUGUGUAUCUUGUUGAUGAUGGUGUGUGGGAAUUGGUAAUGUUUGCUUUUGUAGGUCAUGAAAAACUCUAUUGGAGCAUUAAGAAUUUGAUAUUUUAAUUAUUGUGAAUAUUUUUAGCUGAAAUUGUAAAAACGAGGCUGUUUCUUCUACACCCAUCCACUUACACCAAUUUCAGGCCUCAAAAAUGACAAUAAAACUCAUCUGUAUUGUUUCUGAUGGUCUUAUUUACUUUUGGAGAUCAUGAAAAAGCACCAAUAUUAAUUUUAGUCUCUUUCAGAAAUUAAAAAAAAAUCUCCUUAUAGUAGCUUUAAAGAGAAAUAGCCAGAUUUUAUAUAGAGUCCUGCAGCUUUGGUUAAAAAAAAAAAGAAAAAAAAAGAUGCAAUCAUCAAACUCCUUUUAUAAACCGCCCACCCCCGUUUCAGAUUUCACAUAACAUUGGAUGUCACAGUUUGGUCCAAUUAUACUUACUUCUGGCUCUAAAAACAACAGGGUGAAACUUUGGCUUUCAAACUCCACAAACCAAUAGUUGACCUCAUACUGGAAACGUCUCCUUCUAUGAUGGAGACAAAUGGGCAAUAAUGUGAAUGUCCUCCUGUCUCCAUACAGGCAGAGCCUCUGGUCAUCGAUCUGAAAGAUCUGUUCCAGGUCAUCUUCAACAUGAGGAAGAAGGAGGCAGAGGCCGCACAGAAGGUAACUGUUGAGACACAUUUGACUGUGAAGUGGAAAAAAGUCUUUUUUUUUUUUCUCUUCUUCUGCUGCAAUGGUUGGACAGUGUGAAUAUUUUCUUUCUGGUGUGGUCAUGUGGGAAAGCUGACAGAAUACACUCUGUACCUCCAGCCUGAGCGUCAACACUACCUUUCUGUGUUCCUUCAAUGACUCACACCAUCAGACAUUCCUUUGAAAUAAAGUGAAAUGACAUACGCCUGAGUGAAUUAAGAAAAAAAGAGUAAUCAUUCACAGCCUACCUCUGUUUACAGGGAGAAAAUGGCAGUGCUGUAGUUGAGGUAAGCCCUUGGAAGCACCUCUUUUCUCCUAAUAGCUCCUUUAACUACUUCCUUUAACACUCUGCCUCCCUGUGUGUUUCCAGAAUGGCAGUGACGCUUUGCUUAGUAUGGAUGAAGCCAAAGCUGCCCAAGUAAGAGUUUCUCCUCUGUUGUGUUUGCAGCGUUACAACAUUAAACAAACUAACAGUGAUUUAUAGGAGCUGAAUAAAUACAGUGUGUUUCUGUUUCCUCUUUUGACGUGCAGCCAGUGGAGCAGCUCAACCUUUUCGGAGACAUGUCGACCCCUCCAGACAUCCGGGCACCGAAUGUAAGUGUGGUGCCAUGAAAUGUUCCCUUUAUGGAGCAACAUAGGGGAAUUAUACUCCGUCAGUGAAGUGUAGCUGGAAUUUACAGUAUACUAUAUCUACUAUAGCAUGCUUUUUAAUCGUCUUUAUUACAGCUGUAGGGAGUGUUUUAGAAAAGAGUCUUCAUACAGUCUGCUUCUUGUCAUAAAUAUGUUGCUAAUGUCAUAUUUUGUGUUUGAAAAGCUGCACACUUACAGAUCAUCCCACAUAUUUGGACUCAGUCCUCAAAAGACCUCUGUUUGAUCUGAGUUUGAUUAUUGCUUCCUUUUAAAAGUUAUAAAUAAUAAAUUACACAGGUCUUUUCAGAAUUGAGUCCAAGCUUCAUGUACUCCAAUCUCAUUGUUGUUCAUCAAACUGUUAAAGCUGCUACAAGUAGAGUUUAUGAAAGAGAGAUAAACACAGAGCUUUGGUGUAGUUUGGCGACACCUGGUGGUUUCAUAGCGGUAGUGUCUUCAUGACACCCUUGUCGGGUUUGGACGAGUUUCAAGUCAACAAACAAGUGCUGACUCAAGCAUAUUUAAACAGCUUCCAAGUAAAGUUGAGCAACACCUUCAUUUUGUUAACCAUACAGUGGACGCCAGACUGUGAUUUACCAUGAGAUUCAAAAUGACUUUCCUGAUACCCACAAGAAGACAGAAAACAAAUGAGAACAAGAAAAUUUUAUACCAAAAACAAAAAAUCUUGAUAAGAGCAAAAGUAGUAAAGUUUAAAAAGCGAGAUGAAAAUAAUGACUAAACAAGUAAAAAGUCAGAAUAGAACAAGAAAUGGGGUACAGGUGGCACCAGCCAUAUCAUUAGGAACACCUGGACGAGUUAAUACAACCCAAUACAACGACUUUACCUUAAACUCUACUUUCAGGACGCUUCUGAGUUUCCAGUUUCCAGUUUUGGUGUCAUGAUCAGAUAAAUUUUGAACUUCAGAUUUAUUUUAAAAGAAUACGUCAACAAACAUUCAACAAACAUUAGGAACACCUUACAUGAUAAUGUGUAUAUGCAGUAUACGACCAACACCCAGUUCAAGUUCAACAGUUAAUUUAAAUAACAGUUAUCAUCUGUCUAACAUGGCAACAAACAAUGAAAAUGCUGAGAUUUUGAAGAAGUAGACUAUAUGUCAGCGCUGUUUUAACGCCAGGUCCAACUCCCAAUAAUGCAGGCUGUAAACAAGAAAAAUGCCAUAACAAUAAGUUAGGGAUAUAGAUAUAGUGAAAUUUCAAGCUCUUCUUCUACGUGUAGCAGCUUUAAUUUGUCAUGUCUGUUCACACCAUGUGAUCCAUUUGUAAUUGUGUUCACACAUGUGUUUUUUGUGCCUCUGCAGAACUGAUCAUAAAUCUCUCAUCUUCUCUCUCCCACUGUCCCCCCCUCAUGUUAACCAGGACUCUAAUGAUAUUCUCUUGCUGGACUUUUCCGCUGAGGUUGACAGCAAUCAGAAUUGCAUAAAGGGAAACUCCUUUGUCACUUCCUGUGCCCCUGACCUCGGGGCAUCUCCCCGCACAGAGAAUCCCUUUUCCUCAACAUUUGGCUACUUUCCAACCCCAGACACUGACCCUUUCAGAGAUGACCCCCUUUCUAAGUCGCCUCCCCUGUCGGCGUCCGAUAAUUCACAAUUCUCCCAUCUCACCACCUCUAAUCGCCUCAACAGCAGUGCCGGCAACGCUUGUAAGACAUUUAUUAACGGUGGUUUGAACGGAGACUCUGAACACCUCAGUCAGCAGAUAAACGGGUUAUCCAGUAAGAACAUGAUCCUCGCUCUCAAUAAUGGACAGUGGCCACUAGGGGGCCAGAUAACUCAGGGCAGCACAAUAACCAUGAUGGACGGGAAUGAAACUUCUCCAGUUCUCUCAACCAAAAACCCCUUUUUUGAUUCAUCUUUGCAAACUGCCCCCGUCCCUAAUGGCGUAAGUCAUCAUCCACAACCCCCAGUGACUCAUAGCAAGGACUCGGUAGUCAUAAACCCCCCACCGCAGAGCUCUAAGGCCGGACGAGGUCGAAGGAGUGCAAAGGUGAAACGCUGUAGUUAGAUGAAUCAUAGUGGAUUUGCAUGUGUAAUGCCUGAACAUGGGGUUAAUGCACAUUUCCCAGGGCAUAAUAGUAUGUUGGCUAACAUCUCUUUUUUUUGGAGCAUCUGGGUCAUGCAUUGGUGUCUUGCAGGAGAUGCAUUUUGGUCUGGUAAUCACGGUUGCAGUAUAGGGCUUGUUGUAUGCACUCUAUGUUCUGCCUGCAUGCAUGCACUGGUGUUCACAUGCUUCUUUGUCUGGCUUGGAUUCAUCGUUCUUGUUAUGUGCUGCUGAACAAUGAACUGCUCCCUUUCUUAUUUCUGCUCUUAAUGUGUCUUCUAACAUUCAUGCUGCGGUGAUAAAAGCACUGGUGAGUCUCAAGGCAUGCAUAUUUGUCAUUGUCAAGGUAAAUAUUGUUAAAUUUUUAUGAUAGUGCUGCUAUUUUUUAAUGAAGUUUGGUUUCAAUUUAGCUUUCUCAUAGUUUGCAUUUGAUCAUCAUAGACUGUAUAUAAGAAUAAGCUUCCAAGGUUAAAUGGAAGAGUCGAUGCAGAAAUGCCAUUAACUUGAAGUUGUCCCAAUACCAGCAAGUGAUACCAGAGGUAGUCUGAUAAUGUAGUCCCUUUCAGCGUAAAAUUGAAGGUAAAAAGAAUAUAUUUUUUUAGAUGACAAGUAAAACGCCAAAUUCAAAGGCCAAAAAUGGUAGUUCAAAUUAAAGAGGAAAACCAAAAUGCGUACGUUAACUAGUUUUUUUUGUAAACAGCCAGCAUGGGGAAGCCCAUGUGUUCAAAAAAGGAGCCUGAUUUUAUAGAAGACAACACACAAAUGCCCUAAUUUUUGUUAAAGAGGUAGUUUUAAUCUGGAGACUCUAAUUGAACAGGGAAUUCCUGCUCUCUUGUUUGCAGCUGGGGAUAAUUAUAUAUGUCCUUCCAAACUUUUCUGCAGGGUCCAAAGCAGGCCAAAUUUCCCAAUUUGUAAUUUAAAUAAGAAGGCAAGACUUUGCAGCAUGACAACAGUGGAGGAGUCUUCUCUCUGGAGGGGUUUGAGAUAUUAAAGCCUUUAUCUUUUUGGGAUGUUAAUCAUGUAAAGCUACUUCAAACCCAACAGAAUAACAAAACCAAACCUAAAAUGUACAUAUUGCCCUCUCUGAGUCUCUUUCAUCACCAUCAAAAAGGUUGUAGGUUUAUCUUCCCAAUUUUGUUAAUUUAAGCCUUCUUCAACACAGCUUUAAUAUCCAAAUAUAUUCAUUCAAGUUCAGCAAUGUUGUUUAUCAUUUCUUAGCAUUGAUAAAUUGUUGUACUUUUACAAAUGGGGAAAAAAACAAUAUAAUAAUAUUUUUUGGCAGUUGUGUUCUCUUGUUAAAAAAACGUAUUUGUCGUCUGGUGUGGGAACUACAGUAAGAGCUGCUUCUUCUUAUAUACAGUCUAUGGUUGUUUUGUGAAGAGCGGUGUCAAUCUAAUACAAAAAUACUAAUUAGUUGUAAUUUCCCUUUAAUAGUCCACAGCAAGUGACCUGUUUGGAGCAGAGCUGUUUGCUGCUCCGGGUCAGCCUGAAGCGUCACCUGCUUCCAGUGAUCUUUUCAACAGUACACCUGCCAGCGCCACUCCGUCCUCCUUAGCAGCUCUGGGUAACACACCUCUGGACAACUUUGCAUCUUUUCUCAAAUAAACGUUUUUGGUUUAACUUUCAUAUUCCUUCUUCUCCAUAUUCAGGAAAUCUUCAAUUGGGUCCUCCUGUGGCCACAGGUAUCCCUGCUGCAGGCAUGUGGGGAGCCUCCCCCGCCGCACCCGCCAUGUUCCACAUGCCAGGAGUGACAGCUCCAGGCCCCGGACCAGCCUACCCACAGCCAUCUGCCUUCGGUGGUCUCCCCAUUCCCCCCACAGCCUGGGGCCAGCCCAUGCCAACCCAUUACGCCCCGCCACUAUCCCCUCCCCACAUCUUUCCACCGAAUGCCGCUGUCACCUCUCCAGGUUGGGGUCAGCCAGCCGGGACCAACCCUUUCCAACCUGGCGCAUCACGCCCGCCUCCCAGACCGCCUGUAAAAGAGGCCCCUAAGGUAGAGAACAGUGCCUUCACAGCUUUGGACCCGCUUGGAGAUAAAGAAAAGAAGACUGGAAAGGACAUGUUCAAGGAUUUCCAGCUGGCCAAACCUCCUGCCAUCCCAGCGCGGAAAGGGGAGAUGGGGUCCAACUCUGCUCCAGCCGGUACUGAACCAGCGGCUUUUGAUCAGUACUUUACCAACAAAGUGGGUGUGGCUCAGGAUUCUGCAGAUCAUGACGACUUUGAUAUCAAUCAGAUGCAACCAGUCAAUGGUAAACCAAGUCACUGCUGUGCAUGCAGAUAUAGUUUACACUUUGAUGUUGGCAGACUUCUUAACCAUUUUGUCCUUUUGCUCUUGAAUGCCUUUUUAGAUGCCCUUAAACUGGCUCCAGCUGCAGCCCCAGCUCCGGGCUUCAACUCUGGCCUUGAUGCUGCCUUCUCUUCUGCUCCUAUCUCUAACAACUCAGCACCAGCCCAGGGACUCAACCAGGACAUGUUUGAUCAAGCAUUUGGGGCCCCAGAUUCCAAUCCAUUUGGAGUGCCACCUGUAGCUUUGGUAGAGGCAGCUACACAGACACAUAAUCUAAUAUUUACAGUAUUUUUUUUCUUCUAAUUUUUGCCUUUUUUUUAAUCUCACAGCAGCCUGCUCCUGUUGCUCAGACCGCUGGUUCAACAGCAGACUUUGGAGAUCCUUUUGGGAAUCCCUUUGCUUGA